GUUACAAAUAUCAGUUGUUUGCAAUAUUCUGUUGAUUGGAAAUUAUUGUUUUGCUUUUUGGAUAUAAUUAUAAACGUGUUGAUGAUAUUCUAAUAUUUCGUAUCUUCUUCAAUAGUUCAAUAUGAUUUCUAUACAAGUAUAGAUGCAUCACAAAUAAAGAAAGAUAUUAUAUGUAUUAUAUCGAAACGUAGUCUUCGACGCACCAGAGUAAACUAAUAUCUGAUUCGACUAUGGUCAUCAAGUGCGCUUGCGUUCACAUAAACUAAAUAACGUGCAAUAUGUUCACAUUUUUUCUCUAUUAUGCUUUACAAUUUAUUUUCCGCGAAAUGGUUUUGCUAUAAUAACAUUUUAAUAAAAUAACAUUUGUCGAUAAUUUUGUGCUAUUUGAUGCAGUUACUGUUUCAUCUAUUUUUCACCGCAGUAAUAGUAGAAAAUUAUUAAAUUAUAGAAAAUUACUAUCUUACCUCUUAGACAUUCACGUCGUUUUAACAGUACCUAAUUCAACAGUAAUAGAUAGUAGAAAUUUUAUAAAAUAAGAAGUAUGGAAUAUAUUUAUUAUGAGACUAGCUGAUCGUUUCUUUGGCAAUACUGUUUUAUCCGUCGUACGAGAUGGUUUUUGUCGGUGAACGCUGUUACAAACUUCAUCGAAUUUUGUUCAUUACUAUGGUUAACAACGAUUUUUACAUCGAAGUGCGAUGUAGAUUGUGCUAUAAAGAAAAUUUCGUAUAUUGCUAUCACUCUUGCUUAUAUUAUAACUUACUACUCUUUUUACUUUAAUUAUGAUGUCGUAAGUAUUACUUUUGUUCGUACACUACAUGAAGUAUUUGUUAAAAAGUUUUGUCCGUGGUACAUUACAAUCUAUUUCAUCAAAACAGGUAAAACAAGCAUUGGAACACAUGCAAUUAGACUGGAAAACAUUUGAAAAUAGUAACGAAAUGGAGAUAUUGAAUAAAUAUAUCUUCGAAGCAUACAUGAUUGAGUUAAUUACAUGUAUUUUCAUUAUUUUGGCGAUAUUCGUACUAGCAAUUUUCGAAUGUAGAUCUGUUAUUCUCGACAUUAUUGUACCGAUGAAUCAGUCUCGUCCACUAAAGGUUGAAAUACCAUUUGAAUUUUUUGUCGACAAAGAACGAUAUUUCUUUUUGCAUUUAGUGCAAGAAAUUGUUGGAGCAGCAAUUGGUAUUUCAUCGAUAAGUACAACUUUUCUCUUUCUGGCUACGAUCGGGAAACAUUGUUGUGCAACAUAUAAAAUUGCCAGUCUUUUAAUCGAAAAUACGGUGACGGUCCACACAUUGCGUAUGCCUAGUCCUCAAAGAAUGCGCUUUAUGCAUGAGAAUAUUUGUCGCUCAGUUCAUAUUCAUAGAAGAACCAUGAAGUUUAUCAAUGACUUACUAAUUUCAUUUAACUUGUGGUAUCUCCCUUUACUUUUAAUUGGCGUAGUCUCUUUAAGUUGCAUUCUCUUUCGCCUACAUAAUGCUAUGACAGAGUUGGACGAUUUCUAUGAUAUUGCAAUAUCAUUAUUGCUUUUUUCUGGUCUUUUGAUCUUGAUGUUUGUGGCGAAUUUUCUUACGCAACGUAUUACUGAUCAUAGUGCAGAAAUAUUUAAAGCUACAUAUAAUACAUUCUGGUAUGUAGCUCCGCUACCGAUUCAAAAAUUAUUAUUAAUCAUGCAAAAGUCUAUAAAAGAUCAUAAAUUAAUAGUUGGUGGCCUUUUUACGCCGUCGAUAGAGGGAUUUUCCACGCUUAUGACUUCGGCAGUAUCAUAUUUUACUGUAAUGCAUGCUAUGCGUUGACAAUGACGAAAUGAUAUGAGAGAUUUAAUUAUUUAAAAAAAAGAAUGCUUCUCAUUAUGUACAAAAAAAA